AUGAAGCCGUUAAAGUACAUUAUCCUCAUAUUGGCCUCGACCGCCGUGGCCGGCAAGGUUCAGAUCGCCAAGUCCAUUGCUAGCGCCCUCUCUUGCCAUCUCCUUCAAGGCGACAGCCUGCACGAGACAGCAGCCAAGGCAGCCAAUCUGGGAGCCUCGAGGGGACCUGUGGAAGACAACGACAGCGGCGGCGGCGGCAAAGGGCAAACUACUCCAGCUUUUCUAUCGAAUGAAGGGCGGUACCAGCGUAUGUGGCUCUCUAAGAUGACGAGGACCGGCCUCCUAUUUCCUGAAGAGUCGCGACCAGCCAACGAGGGCUUCUCCGGCUUCGGCGGAGCCUUGUUGACCUCAACAAGCCGCCGCGGUUCCGGGAGCUCCAUCGCUUCAGCGUCGUCGGACACGGUUGCCACUGCUUCAACUGCCAGUAUUGCGAGCAGCUUUACGUCAUCUGGCGGAGAUGUGCCGCCCCCGCCGUCAAUUGCAAAGUACAUUAACAAGCCUGUCACAUGGGCCCCUCUGCCUAGCGACGAGCGGCUGCGUAGGGCGAACCCGGCGCUGAUGGUUGUCACCCAUCCGGAGCUAGACCGCUGGCAUAAAGACUGUAUACGCAAGACUGUUGGCGAGUACCGCAUUGGCGUCAUCUUUGUGCCGCUUGACGAGGUUGAAGACGACGAGUUGCCUGUGCUGAAGCCUCUCGACUCGCGGACCAUGACAAGUUUCGCCUCGCUCGGUUCGUUUGGCGCCUGCAAGACUGGGGGCGGCGGGGGGUCUUUGGAAGAGGAGAUGGUACUGCGGGUCAACGUGGAUGCAAACGUCGAGCAUCUCAUCGACGAGAUUGUAGACGGUGUGCGGGACUUGAUGGGAUCUGAGGGGGGAUCGCGGCUUAGUUUCUAA